AUGGAUCUACAGGCACUAAAUCUAUUACCUAAGGACUAUAAAGGAGAUCCUUGUCUCCUUAAGGAGGCAGCAACUAAAUAUUGUGCUGCUCCUAUUAUUAGGGGGCCUGAUGGGUCUCUUAUACGACAAAUUGAAUUACCUAAGGAGGUUAAGGAUGAUCCUGCUGCUGCUGCUGCUGCUGCUGCUGCUAUACAUGUUACUAAUAUGAAUAUAGAGAAUUGCUUCAAAUUAUCUUAUUCUUAUGGAUUAUUAAAUCUAUUAAUGAUGAAUAAAAUUCAUCCAUCUAAUAUACAAUUCGCCACAGAAGAUUUCAAUAAAAAAAUACUCGAAGAAAGAAUCAGCAAAAAAAAAGACGAAAAAAAAUACACAAAAAAUAUAAAUUUUGGCCAAGUCGGAGAAGAAAAAGGAGGAGGAGGAGGAGAAAAAAGUAUAAAGAAAAAGGACUUAGCCGAAAAACCUGUUGGAAAUUUGAGAGUUGGAGUAGAUGAAAUUGUUAAGAAAAAGGACUUAGCCGAAAAACGGGUUGGUGGAGGAGUUGAAUCCGGUUCGGACUUAGCCGAAAAAAUGGUUGGUGGAGGAGUCGAAACCGGUUCGGACUUAGCCGAAUUUGGAGACGAAAAAAAUCCUGGAGAUUUUGGCUGGCCGGCUGGAGCGAUAAUUCGAGCCCUCUCCGAUCGGAGACAAUUUAAUAUAUAUGCAUAUGAGUUAGGAAUUAGUCAUAAUGUAAGAGAUAGGCUUGCUGCUGCUGCUGAGGCUGAAGCUGCUGCUGCUGCUGCUGCUGCUGCUGCUGCUGCUGGUAGUGGUAGUGGUGGUACUGGUGCUGGUGCUGCUGGUGAGGCUGCUCAUGGAGGUACUGCAACUGAGAAUACAACUGCAGCAAUAUUAACAGCAGCAGCUGGAGGUAUAGACGAGACAGCAACAGAAGGAACAGCAGAAACAGCAGCAAAUGAGGAGACAGCAGCAGCAGCAGCAGCAAAUACGUCUGAACAAAUACCACCAGAAGAAUAUUUAUAA